AUGCCUCCUCGAAGCUCACUGACCAGCUCUUUCUCGGUAACCGAUGCCAAUAAUGAGGUGGUCUGUCCCUUGAAGAACAACGAUAAUUCCAAUUGUCGCAAAAGAUGCCUGGGUGAAAAACGCUAUCGCUCCAUGCAGGAGCACAUUCGACGUGCGCAUCCGAACCACUACAUCCCGAAGCUCCCGGCUACCGAGGAGAGCUUCCUGAUGAUGGUGAACACCCCGCUCGAGCAACGGGUGCAGCUGUCACCUCCCGAACCCGCUCAACCUAGGCGACCUCAGGAUGUGGCGCCGGAAAGGGACGUCUAUGUCGCUGACGGCUCCCCGGCUACCCCUCGAGCUCUGGAUGAACCCCACCCAGCCGCAGCUACUGCAGCGGUUGCUCUGGCGCAACUGCACCAUCACCGACUGGCCUCCGACUGGGAUACAGACAUGGAUACACAUUCGGAUACCGACUUGAGUCAUCCUCGCAUGCGUGGAGCUAUUGAACUUCCCCCACUCCGCGACCAUUUUAAACAGGAAUCUCUUCCGCCGUUUACCCCUCGACCCCGCGAGCUUCUUCCGUCCAUUCUCAAUCACUCCCCACCCGGUCGCUCAUCCACAUUACCGCCAAUCCAGCGGAGAGACAAAUUUUGCCGCCCGCGCAAAUCUUCCAUUACCCAAUCUGCCCGGAAACCCAAGCAGGAUCGUCCCAAGUCAAAGGAAUUUGGGCGGCGACCAAGUCUCACUGACCGCAAGGCUCUUUCAGCAGAGCCGCAAACCGCGGCCUGGGCGCAAGGCAAGCGCUGGGAGGAUUUGAUUGAAGCUGCGACGUCGGCAACCGAAGUAGACGAUGACCAAUAUUCAGAGGCUGGUCGGUCUCCAACGAUCGCCCCACUGCUUUCCAAUGUGACGUCUGCUCCCUCUGGGGUGAAAAAUCGGUCGUCGCUACCACCCGCGUUCCAAUCCGCAGGACCAGGACUACCUCCUAUCUCUUCACAUCGGCCUUUCCCACAGAAUUCAUAUGCCGCCUCACCUUUGCACAAAUCAUUAACUCCACCGCCAUACGAGAACAACCGCAGCCGUGAGAGUGACUUGGAACCAUUCCCAUCUAUUGAAUCAUCGCUCGAUUCCAUGUCUUCAGCUUCCGGCAGAAAUUUUGCCUCAUCGGUUUCGGGCGUUGCGCCGUCCAUAAACUCCGAUUCUAGCCCAGUUAUGAAUCUUAUCCCGUCCAUCUCCCAGCGCCAACAGCACAGAUUCUCAAAUCCUACUCCGUCGUCAUUCCGCAACAAAGAGGUUCAGGUGGUCCAACAAGUUACCCUGGUCCUCGCGGAUGUCCCCGAUGUCGAACGGUGGGAGGCAAAUGGAAGGCAUUCCAAAUCGACAUCAAGUGAACGACUUAAGACAGCCUACGUUUUUGGCUUUACGCAUUUUACGACUGAUGUUUGA